AGCAAAGCAUCUUGCAGACCCACUUUCGUCAAUCCUUUCAAAAAGUCUCCUGCUUUUGGCAUUCAUUGAGCUCUGUUUACCACACCCUUUUCUUUCUUUUUUCAAAUUAAAGAACAUCUUGGCAGGGUCGAACUGUUGAAACUCGAAUCCACCCGAAAGGGCCUCGUCACGGCACCGUAGUGCCAAGAACAAUGGCGCUACCUCGGUUCAAAGAUCUGCUGCUGUCAUUUUGAAAGCGGGGGAAGUUUGAAGUUCUUGAUGGUAGAAAGAACAUGGGCGGCAGUGGACCUUCUAUCAUCAUUUGAGGUGUCAUUCCUCAGUCGGAACGUGAUCUUGAUUAUUAUGCAUGACUUGUCGGGAUCUUUAGAGUCCAUCAAAUUUAGGCUCAAAAGCGUCGAUGUUCUGUUUUUAUUGUGUUUUUUGACCCAGAAAGGCUGGGACUUUAGUCUUCCAAAGUUCUGACAAGACAUAGCGAAAGCAAAUAUGAAGCUCGCUCUCUCUCUCUCUCUCUCUCUCUCUCUCUACUGAAAAACUGACACACAUCACGUGCCUCGCCAAGCCCUCGCUACUGAACUCUCCCAUGUUUCUCUUUUGAUCUUGUCUCAACUCACCCGCCCUCUCUCUGUAUCUCUCUUCCCCGCCGUGCUGCUCACCAACGCUCUCUUUCUUCCUUCCACCUUCUCUUUACACCCAAUUCUUGAAAUCGGCCAUUCUUGCUUCUCAAGACCCUGUGGGAGCUCUAGCUCCUUCCUGGAUCUGCCUCUGCAGGGGUAAAGGAGAUGGGUUUCAUCUCCAGGAAGAUCUUUCCAGCAUGUGGAAGCAUGUGUGUGUGCUGCCCCGCUAUGAGGUCAAGAUCACGUCAACCCGUCAAGAGAUACAAGAAGCUUCUUGCUGACAUUUUCCCUAAGUCCCCUGAUGGUUCACCCAGUGAUAGGAAAAUUGGCAAAUUAUGCGAAUAUGCUGCAAAAAACCCUUUUCGAAUUCCAAAGAUUGUCAAGUAUCUCGAAGAAAGGUGCUACAAAGAGCUUCGAAGCGAGCACAUCAAGUUCAUAAAUAUUGUUGUUGAGGCCUAUAACAAAUUACUGUGCAUGUGCAAGGAGCAGAUGGUAUAUUUUGCUGUUAGUUUGUUGACUGUCGUUAGCGAGCUUUUGGAUAAUGGCAAGCAAGAUGCUCUGCAGAUACUUGGUUGCCAAACCUUGACAAAAUUCAUCUACAGCCAGUCAGAUUCAACUUAUGCUCAUAAUAUCGAGAAGUUUGUACAUAAAGUAUGUAUGCUGGCACAAAUGAGUGGGGAAGGCCACCAACAGUGUGCUCUGAGGGCUUCAAGCUUGCAAUGUCUUUCUGCCAUGGUUUGGUUUAUGGUCGAGUUUUCAAGCAUAUUUGAAGGUUUUGACGAGAUUGUCCAAGCCACUUUAGAUAACUAUGAGCCUGAUAUGUGUAACGAAGAAGAGGAUGAAAGAGGUGGAUCACUUCACAAUUGGGUCGAUGAAGUUGUAAGAUCUGAAGGCAGAACUGCAGGGGAGAGUAGUCCUAACUGCAUCAUCUUGAGACCGCGGCCCGUGAUUAAAGAUCCUUCACUUUUAACAAAAGAGGAGCUUGAUACACCGAAGGUAUGGGCUCAAAUCUGUAUCCAGAGAAUGGCUGAUCUGGCCAAAGAGAGUAUUACGGCUAUGCGAAGGGUGAUGGACCCGAUGCUUGCAUACUUUGAUUCUGGCCAUCACUGGGUUCCUCGAGAUGGGUUGUCCUCACUCGUUUUGUCUGACAUGAGUUACAAAUUGGAGACUUCAGGGAAUCAGCAGUUAAUCUUGGCAUCAGUUAUUCGUCACCUGGACCACAAAAAUAUAUUUCAUGAUCUCCAGCUCAAAUCCUGUGUUAUCCGAGUUGCCACUGCUUUGGCUAGGCAGAUCGGAAUCAGUUCUGCGCUGACUGAAAUUGGAUCCGUAAGUGAUCUCUGCAGGCAUUUGAGGAAAAGCCUUCAAGUGACGGUCGAAGCAGUGGGAGAAGAAGAGUUGAACUUGAAUUAUUCACUUCAGAAUGCCAUUGAAGAUUGCUUAGUAGAGAUAGCCAAGGGGGUUUGUGACGCACAACCACUAUUUGACCUGAUGGCUAUAACGCUUGAGAAGAUGCCCACUGCUGGAGCUGUUGCUAGGGCAACUAUGGGAUCGUCAAUGAUACUGGCUCAUAUGAUAGCAUUAGUAUCAGUCUCUUCACCCCAUCGACAGGUGUUCCCCGAGGCACUUCUUGUACAACUUCUGCACGUAAUGUUACAUCCAGAUGUUGAAGUGCGAGUGAGAGGACACCAAAUAUUAUCUAUCCUUCUGGUUCCAAAUUCUAGCUGCCCUAGACACGAAGUGUCUUCUGUACGAGCUAACUGUCCUUAUGAGUCAAGAAGAUGGGAGUCUAGUACUGCAUCUGCACUUGCUUCAAUUACUGCUCGUCUUGAAAAGCUUAGGAGAGAGAAGAAUGGUGCUACACCAGAGAAGCAGGGGCAUGCUGUUCAAGAUGAUUUCAAGGGGAUGGACGUUAGCAAUGAAGAGGGAAAGCAGGGUUUUGCUCGCAAGAAUUCCCCCAACUUUUGCAAGAUUUCUAUUAUGGAAAAAGCAGCUGGAUCUGCAGGCUUAUCUGAUGUGGAGCCCUAUAUACUGAAGUUUAGUGAAGAUCAGAUUGGCCAGUUGCUAUCUGCACUUUGGAUACAAGCUAAUGUUCCUGAUAAUUUGCCUUCAAAUUUUGAAGCUAUAGCUCACUCCUUCGUCCUGACCCUUCUUUCUUCGCGUUUGACGAACCCUUGUAAAAACCUUGUGAUUCGGUUCUUCCAUCUUCCCCUGUCACUGCGGAUUAUAUCCCUGGAUGCUAAUAAUGGAAUGUUGUUCCCAGCAUGCCGCAGAUCUAUUUUUACCCUAGCGACUAGUAUGUUGAUGUUUGCCGCCAAGAUAUAUCAAAUCCAUGAUCUUAUUGAUCUGCUCAAAUCGGUUGAUCCAUCUAACAUGGAUCCAUAUUUGGGCAUUAGCAAGGACUUGCAUUUAUUUGUUAGGCCUCAGGCUGAUGUUAGAGAGUAUGGAUCUGCUUUGGAUAAUCAAAAGGCCUCAUCUUUGCUCCUCCACUUGAGGAGCCAAACGUGCGAGUCUGACAAGGUCCUCCUGAACAUCUUGAUCCAAAGUCUAUCUAAUAUUACCGAGGUCGAUGGAGAAGAUUUGGCUAAGCAGCUAUCAGAGGCAUAUAAACCAGAAGAUACAUUUGUUUUUGGUCCUCAAUUAAUACUUGAUUUGGACAAUAAUCAAAUUGUUGUCCACUCCAAAAAAUCACUAUCGUUCGAUGAGGAAUUUUCAACUAAUUCGUCUGUUGAUGAUGACACGAUGAGUGAAGCAUCUGUUGCUAUGAGCAGGAUGCCGUCAACUCCAUCUUUCUCUGAUGUCAUCAGUAUUGGGAAGCUACUAGAAACGGCACUUGAGGUGGCUGGUCAAGUGGCUGGAACGACUGUUUCGACAUCGCCGCUCCCAUAUAAUACCAUGGCUAGUCAAUGUGAAGCGCUUGGCACAGGUCCGAGGAGGAAGCUUUCCAAUUGGUUGGCCCAUGAAAACAACCGUGCCAGAUCAGCGGCAGAUCACUUCUUCCCAGCAACAGAUGGACGCGCAGCAAUUAAGAAGAUUACUAGCAAUGAUGCCUUUCUUCAAGGAGACAUAAUGCCGAAGGAUCAAUGCUUGACGAUGAAACUGCCUCCAGCGAGCCCGUUUGACAACUUCCUCAGAGCAGCUGGAUGCUGAGUUGGAAUUAACUAAUUUGUUCGUGUGAUAUUUUCCUGUUAGCUAAAGCCAUUUAUCAGGAACGGUGGCCUAACCUCUUUAUUUUGCAAUCAGGGAAGUAGUAGUCAACCUCUGUUUGAACAGUUCUUGGUCUUGUAGAUGUCCUCCCUGAUCUGUAUGUCCUAUGUACCUAUGCUUCUUAGGUUGCAGUGUAAUUAAUCUCUAUGAUUUUAUUGCUUCCAUUAAUUAGUUGAAGUGUGAGCCAUCUUCGCGUGCAAGUAUGUGGUUUCGUAUACCGGUACUGGCACGAGCUACGGUUCUGAUUCUUCAAAAUUGGCCCCUACAUUAUUUUCUAAUU